AUGAAGAACACAGCGGCACUGCUACCCCCGGAGAAACGGCCAGAAUGCAGCGUGGAGCCUGCCCAGGGCGAAAGGGCUGUCGCUAGCGACAGCUGCAACAGCAACAGCCCUAGUGGCUCAGCCUCAAACGACGCCACCAAGAGCAACGCGCCUACGGAGGAAAGCGAGCAGCUCGAAAAAAAACCGUGCUUGCACACCAUCGAGGACGGCGGCAGCAACAGCAGCGGGGGGGGAAGGAGGAAGCGGGUGCAGUGGACAUGGACCGGAGGAAUUUCUGCUGUUCUUGUCGGCUCCUUUGGAGCGUGGUUCGCUUACGAAGUCUAUGAAAGUGCGUCUCCUACUCAGUUUCUUCCUGGGUGUCAGUCUUCUUCUGAGCCUCCAAAGCCUGCGGCUGGCCAAGCGCUCUCUCCCUCAAGCACGGCAGCCUCAACGCUCUGCCCUGCUGCUGCUGCUCCUACCACUUUGCAGACGCCUCCCAAAGUAGCAGUAGGCUUCUCUGCCCGUGCGAACUCUGCUUCAGACAUGAAUGUGGCAAAAGCCGAAUGGCGUAUGAGCCAGAAGCUGAAGACUCUGGCCUUAGGAGAAAAGGCCCCCCUUCGUGCCGUUGCGGAAAGCAGAUUUCAGACUGGGCUACCUCGGGAGAUGCAAGACAAUCUGGCCCUGUACUUUCUUCAGCUGGAUGUCGAUAAGCCAAAUGGCGUUCGACGAACGGACGCCCUAGCACUCGCUACAAUGGUAAGAAGGGCCUUGAGCGUAAACGCCACUGGGGUAGUGUGCGCAAAAGCAAGCAUAAAAGCUACAGAGUCCUGCUCCUCCUCACGUGCCUUGAGAAUAUCAUCCUCUGCAAUGCCUGUACACGAUUCAGGAGAAGCUUUAUCUGCCUUUUCGCAGGAGGUGGGAGAGCUUAUCGAGGCACUUGUGCUGCACGAAGAAGCCCAUCCAGAAGAAGCUGCUGCUCGAAGGCAGCAACCUCAAGAGGAGCAACCACGUGGAGGGACAGACGAGCAGCAGGAGAUGCAAAAUGCCGGGGCAGAAGCUGAAGUAACCGAUGCGCCCAAUACACAGAAAGGGGACUCCGAUGUUUCUACACCCGUGUUGCUACCUGGGGAGAACCCUCAAGAACGGGUCUUACGGCUCCUAAAAGAAGCGAACGAGCGAGCAAGGCCUACUGCGUGGACAGUACCCAGAAUGGAAAGCUUCCCGCAGCCGCUAGCCCCCCCUCUCCCGCAGCAACAGCCAUGGAAGGAAGUGCAACAGCAGGAAUCUUCGGAAUCUACAGAGCAACUGGGUGUCGAAGGUAGCCGGAAAGAGGCUCGAGAAGCGCUCGAGCUGCGCCUAGAGGUUGUUAAGAGGACCCUCAGCGACCUGCAGGCCCUUGGCUCUAGGCAAGUUGAUUUUAUGCAUUCCCACGAGGGUACCCGAACAGUUUGCAGCAUUGACGAAGGAUCUUGGGGGCCGGCAUGUACAGGUGAAUAUUUUGUUGUAUGUAACCCGGUAUUUGUACGCACAUAUAUGCUCUCUAACGGAGACACAUGCUUGACGAUAGUUUUACGCAUGCGCGCUCAUGCGUAUGUAGUGCAGCAUUCAUGGAAACCUGUCACACUCUGCGCAUCUGUAUGGACGCCUACACCUUCGCAUGUGAAAUAUAUUCGAGUGCAGUGUUCUCGUAUGUACCACGUGUGUUCGUGCAUGGAUACAUAG